AUGGAGAAAACAUCAGGUUUCCACCAGCUCACAUUUAUUUGUUCUGCAUUUUGUCUUGUUUAUGUCCUGAUUAAAAUCAUCCAACUGUUUUACAAGAGACAAAAGCAGCUUAAGGCUUAUAAGAAUUUCCCAGGCCCUCCAACUCACUGGCUAUAUGGCAACAUCUAUCAGAUACCUAGUCAGAAAGAAGAACUAAAGUAUAUGUUGGAGUGGUCUGAACAAUAUUCUUAUGCUUUUCCAAGAUGGUUCGGGAUAUUUUUUUCUUCUGUAAUUGUCACUCACCCAGAAUAUGUUAAAACUUUGUUUGCCAGAGGAGAUCCAAAGCCUGAAUUCAUCUAUGCACCUUUGAUUCCUUGGAUCGGAAAAGGACUGCUUGUCUUAGGUGGCACAAAAUGGCAUCAGCACAGACGGUUGUUAACACCAGCUUUUCACUAUAAUAUUUUGAAGCCCUAUGUGGCAUUAGUGGCAGAUUCCACCAAAAUUAUGCUGGAUAAAUGGGAGAAACUGAUUGCAAAGGAGCCCAUGAAGUCUUUGGAGAUGUUUGACCAUAUUAGUUUAAUGACUCUUGACAGCAUCAUGAAAUGUGCAUUCAGUCAUAAGAGCAAUUGCCAAACUAACAGAGACCUGGAUUAUUAUGUCCAAGCUGUGUCAGACUUAACUUUCCUGUUGUUUCGGAGAAUUACCUCUACUAUACUUCGGAGUGAUUUCCUAUAUUCAUGUACCUCAUCAGGACAGCGUUUUAAACAGGCUUGUAAAUUGGCACACCAGCAUACAGAAAAAGUAAUUGAAGAGAGAAAGAAAUCACUGCAUAAUGAAAGAGAGCUUGAAAAGAUGCAAAAGAAGCGACAUUUGGAUUUUUUGGACAUUCUUCUUUGUGCCAAAUAUGAAGAUGGAACUGGACUAUCUGAUGAAGACCUCCAUGCUGAAGUGGACACUUUCAUGUUUGCAGGCCAUGAUACAACAGCCACUGGCAUCUCUUGGCUACUGUAUAUAAUGGCUAAGCACCCAGAACAUCAGCAGAAAUGCAGAGAAGAAGUCAAGGAAAUCUUGGGGGAUCGGGAAGACAUCCAGUGGGAUGAUCUUGGUAAGAUGACCUAUACCACAAUGUGCAUAAAAGAGAGUCUCCGUGUAUACCCUCCAGUUCCAGUGGUGUCCCGAAAGCUCAGCAAACCUAUUACUUUCUUUGAUGGACGCACUUUGCCUGAAGAUAUUGUAGUUGCAGUUGACAUUUAUUCUCUUCAUAAAAACUCCAGCAUUUGGCCAGAUCCUUUGGAGUUUGAUCCUAUGAGGUUUUCAUCAGAGAACACCUCUAAAAGACAUUCUCAUGCCUUUAUUCCUUUUGCAGCUGGAUCAAGGAAUUGCAUUGGACAGCAGUUUGCCAUGAAUGAAUUAAAAAUAGCACUUGCUCUGACACUGCUUCGCUUUGAACUAAUACCCGACCCAGAAAAAACUCCAAUUCCAGUCCCCCAGGUUGUCCUCAGAUCUGAAAAUGGAAUACACCUGAUUUUAAAGAAACUCGACUGA